AUGAACCUAAAUAAUCAAAAAGAAUUUGUUGUUAAUAAAAUAUUGUCUGUCAACAGUCCUACCAAAAAUCGAACCUUCUCGCAACUCACAACAAUUGAUACUAUUUCCAAUCAAACGCUUUUGGUUUCUAAAGAUUUUCAAGAAAAUCAUAAUACCAGUUUAUCACGUACUCCAAGACAAAAACCGUAUGAGCAACAAGUUAACCGUGGGCAACAGCAUGAAAAGCAGACACAUCCUUACAAUGUCACUACACACUCUCAUCAUCCAUUCAUCCAUCGAAGGAGCCCAUCCAUAUUUAGAUUCCAUCCGUGGUAUAAGGAAGACGUUUUCUACAGCGACGAUUAUUCACAACAACAAUUACUAGAAUACGAAUCCUCCAAUGAGAGGGAAUUAUCAGUGUUGCUACAAGAUGAAAUUGAUCAAAUCAAUCAAAUAGAAGCAUUCGCAAACAUGAUACGAGAACAACAAAUUCAACAAGAACAAUUGAAUCAUCAAGAGUCAACAACCCCUCCAGAAGAAUUAGAAGCUAUCCAAGACCAAACGGAACAAUUAAUUCAAAUAGAUAUAGUGCAGCAAAUAAAAAAUGGAGGAACAAAACGAACGCAACAAAGAAGAACUCAUUCAAAAAGAGCAAUGGGAAGAAUUAAGCUUUAUAAUCCAGCAAUUAUAUUAAAACUGACCUUUUCACAUAAUUCAUCAUAUGAAAUAUACCUUUCUUCAAAUUCUCACAGAUCAAAGUAUGUCACAAUCAUUUUUACCUCAGUCUCACCUAUACAAGAUGGAGGAUGGUACUCAACAGCUAAUGCGGUUUGUGAUACCGUUGAUGAUAACGUCUUUCUUAAUUGA